AUGGGCAUCCCCUUUUCCAAAGAAAUUCGGGAAGCCCUCGACCAAGUCGAGCCCUUGCGUAAAGCGGGGUUCGAAGUUCUACGCACUACGAAAAACAUCUCACUCAUCCUCGCAUGCAUCCAAGUCCUGACCGUCAUAAUCCUGGCAUUGAUCCUGGCGGCACUAUUCGGAUUGCUGUUGACCAUGAACCCGGAUCUUGAGGAUGAGAAGCAGAUGCUGGUCACACCGGCAUUGAAGUGGAUUUCGGGCUGGCUGCUGUCUUGUGGUGGGCUGGUGAAAUGGUUCGCGAGACUGGUUUUCUUCGUUGUGGGUGGUGGGUUCGUGCUGUUUCUCUGGCAUGGGAGUACGGUUGGGGCGAAGGUGCCUGACACAGAUACGGAGGGGAAAGACGAUGAGGAAGGAAAGGAGGGGGGUGAUGCAAAAGGGAAAGGCAAGGACAAAGGGAAGGAUAAAGAGAAGGACAAUGGUAAAUAA